AGGGGACACACUGUUAGGGAUCAAAUUCGCUUUUUCAAAAAGGCUGUAGCUCCGCUUCACAUAUUUCCCUGAUUACCUCACGGGUCAAUACCGAAGAAGUCAACUAUUCAACCAACUAUGCCCACGACAUUGUAGAAGUGGCCAGAUGUGUUAGUCUGGACUUAAGGCUUACCUUGUGAAAAUGAACAUGUAUGGUGCCAGUGGAGGAUGUGACCGAUCCAGAGAUCGACGCCGCUCCAGUGACCGUUCUCGUGACUCCUCACACGAGCGUGUUGAAGGCCAGCUCACACCCUGUAUUCGCAACGUAACCUCACCUACACGUCAACACAACAGCGAUCGUGAAAGUGUGUCUUCGCGGCCCAGCAGCCCCAGGCCUCAGAGAGUUUCUCCCAGCAGCAGCAGUGGGGUGGCCAGCAGUCGCAACAGCAGCCUGUCAAGCUCAGAGGGCACCUACAAGAGCAUGAUCCUCGGUGAAAUGGUCUUCGUCUAUGAGAACAUAAAAGAUGGAGCCCGCAGUGUCCGCACCUCAGAAAAAGUUACGCUUAUAGUGGAUAACACUCGCUUUGUGGUGGAUCCCUCAAUUUUCACAGCACAGCCCAACACCAUGCUGGGGAGAAUGUUUGGAUCUGGAAGGGAGCACAAUUUCACUCGGCCCAAUGACAAAGGAGAGUAUGAGGUGGCAGAGGGCAUCAGCUCCACUGUGUUUAGAGCAAUUCUGGAUUACUAUAAAUCUGGGACAAUCCGCUGUCCUGAUGGAAUCUCCAUUCCUGAGCUGAGGGAAGCGUGCGACUAUCUGUGCAUCUCUUUUGACUACAGUACUAUCAAGUGCCGGGACCUGAGUGCCCUGAUGCAUGAGCUGUCCAAUGAUGGCGCUCGACGGCAGUUUGAGUUCUAUCUGGAGGAGAUGGUGCUCCCUCUGAUGGUGGCCAGCGCUCAGAAUGGAGAGAGGGAGUGUCACAUUGUUGUGCUUACAGACGAUGAUGUGGUGGACUGGGAUGAGGAGUACCCACCCCAAAUGGGAGAGGAGUAUUCACAAAUCAUAUACAGUACAAAACUAUAUAGAUUCUUCAAGUACAUUGAAAACCGUGAUGUAGCCAAAUCAGUUUUAAAAGAGCGGGGACUCAAGAAAAUCAGACUAGGCAUCGAAGGUUACCCAACAUACAAAGAGAAAGUGAAAAAGCGUCCGGGUGGUCGACCUGAAGUUAUCUACAAUUACGUCCAAAGACCCUUCAUCCGCAUGUCAUGGGAGAAGGAGGAGGGUAAGAGUCGACAUGUGGACUUCCAGUGCGUGAAGAGCAAAUCCAUCACAAACCUCGCAGCAGCUGCAGCAGACAUUCCCCAGGAUCAACUUGUGGUGAUGCACCCUGGACCACAAGUGGAUGAACUGGACAUUCUCCCCAACCACCCUCCACCGGGUCACCACUACAGCAACAACUUCAACAACGAGUCUGACCCUGAUGCCCCCGCGCCUGCCGUCUGAGAGGAGACGUCCCUUCAACAGCAUGCUGCAGCAUGAACCAGAGUGACACUAUAACCGGAUUGCCUUCUGCACCUCCUUCACAGCCUUAGAGCCUCAACUGUCUAGUUACUGUAUUUAAAAAAAUACAAAAAAAUGAUUAAACCCUCCAUAGACUUGGGCUACUGGCAUGGGCAGUGCUCUCCUGUUCUCUCUUAACUUUUUUUUUUUUUUUUUUUUUGUAACUUGACCAAAGGACAUUUAUUUUUAUUGUUGGAAAUAAAGUUCGUACUUAUUUUGUAAUUGGGCCUUUAUUAGAACUAUUAUUACUAUUGUUCUUUUCCAUUUAUUAUAUUAUUACUGCAAUGAGUAUAAUAAUUAUUCAGGUUUUUUUUUUUUUUUUUUCUCUUUUUACAUUUGAGUUUGGUGCCACAUUAUUUCGCUUUCGAAAAGUGCUCCCCUUGAUCUCUUCACAGCUCCUGUGUUUUCAGGAGCUUCAUUUGCCUGGUGAACGAAUGCAGUGUUUUUCUUAGAUGGACACAAAUUUAUAUGCUCAAGAUCUCUGUUUAGUGCUUGAAAAUCAUUGUCUUAAUAAAGCUAUAUCAUGUAUUCAUAUUUGUGUGGCAUAUAAAGUUGGAUUAUUGGUCAGUCUCUUUUGAUUGAUGGGUGUAUUUUGCAGGUAAAGAUCAUGAUAGAAACCCAACGUCUGGGCCUAACUCAUGUGAACUCAUGUUCAGGAAUUCCUGUUCUUCAAUUA